AUGGGGAAGUGCGCAUAUUUUCUUUAUCCCGAUUUUUUUCAAUAUUAUCAUGAAAAUCUGUCGCCAAUUAGAUGUACACCUAGCUAGUGUCGCGGUCUGCUCUCCUCACACACAGAAAGCAGGUGGCGCCAAUAUCCUAGAUACACCAGGAUUUCUGGGAAACCACAAGAACGCCUUGUCAAGUCUUUAUAUUAGCACCUGCAAUGGCACUAGAAUCACUAAGUUUCACUUUGACAUCUUCCAGUCAGCAGGCUAAGUCUUCAUCAGUGGAUAGAUAGCAAGCAACUAGGCCACUAAACGGAGUCACGCGCUUUAUUCACUCGGUCCAUUUCACUAUAGAUUAUAGGAGGAGUCAUGUGAAAUAUAAUAUAUUAAAAUCGAAAUUCCAGUUCAUACCGAGAACGAAACUGCUAUUCUAAAGUUUAAAGGGAAGUAGCCUAGAACAGAAAGCAUUACCUCAGUUUCUGUUAAUGGUCUGCGAAAAUACACAAUAUAAUCUUGGAAUUUACCUCCACACUCACAGCUGAAACAUGGUGAAGAUGACCCCACUGUUUAUGUUCCUCGUACUCUCUGCAACCAAAGAGCUGUUCAGAGGAGGCUGUGCGUUAUGUGACUCUCCUCCAUCUUCACAUAAAUCUGUUGGUGUCCGGGAGGGAGAGAUGGCAGUGCUACAGUGCCCACUGCGGACCACCAUGGCAGGGCACAGGGAGGGGAACCUGACCCUGGUAUGGAGCAACCACUCUGGGCCUGGGGAGCUUCAGGAGCCUGCGGUGUGGAUGUCUGAAGACACCCUCGUCAUCCUGAGGGUCUCUCCCAACCAACAGGGGUCCUACUCCUGCUCACUACUCAACGCCAGUGGCCAGCCCCUGAGAGCAGCGUGGUUUAACAUCACAGUGUUCUCUGGCCAGUGUUACACAGAUAUGACUGUGUAUCCAGCCACUUGCUAUCUGAGACAGUCCUGUGAAAAGUUAACCUGCACGUCAGACAGCAUCCCACAAAACUUCACAAAACAUAAUUAUACGUGGUACAAGAACUGUGACACAGAGUUACCCUCUGACUUUGGCGAUGGAUACCUGACGAGUGCUUCUGAAAGUGACAAUGGUUACUAUACCUGCACUUCAUACUACACAUACAACUCAAACCUCCAUGAUGGACAGGUGUUUACCUUGUCCAGAACCAUGGGGCGGACAGUUGAAGAAGGAAGUUCCCCGGUUAUGCCAAAGAUCAUCGAACCUCGGGAUGGGGAGGUUAUUGACGUAGAUAUGGGAUCUACUGUGGUGGUGGUCUGCAGGGCUGUCCUGUCCUCUGAAUUUGACCAAUUAUACUGGAUGGAAAACAGAUCUUUUGUGGAGGAGAACCAGAUGACCCUACCAGUGUUUUAUAACGUUUCACAAGAGAAUGACCAUCACCAGGCAUCGCUGGUGAUCAGUCAGGUGUCAGAGGAGCAGCUGAGGAACACAUACACCUGUCAAGUGGAUUCUUCAUCUGGGAACGACAAGGUCUCCAUCACUUUCCAACAGAAGAGUCCACCCCAGUUCCACUUCCUGGUGCUGGGUAUAGUGGGGGUCUUUGUCGUAACGGUGGUGGUGGUGACUGUUGUCUAUGUCAAGCUGAAGGUGGACAUCAUUCUAUUUCUCAGAGAUGAUCUGGGUUGGCAUCAUCACAACGUCUCUGAUGGGAAGCGUUACGAUGCCUAUGUGUUGUGUUAUAAGAGUGACACAGAGUCAGGUGUCAGUGAGGAGGACAGGCGUCAGGUGGAGGAGGUGCUGGAGGAGGAGUAUGGUUACAGCCUGUGUCUCUACGACCGUGACGUGCUCCUGGGGAGG